UGUGAGCAUCGGAACUAACCGAGCCGCUACAAUAAAAAAAACAUAAAUUAGUCCUCGUUACGAAUUUUGUUCGCCAAAACACACAUAAAAAUGAAGAGUUUUCUGAUCCUUCUGGGUUUCGCUGCCCUGGCCGCUGCCGAUGUCAAGCAUCUGACAGAUCGCAAUCUGGACCUCUUCAAGUACAAUCCCAGCGAUAUCUACACCCUGCCCGAGGACAUCGAUGACGACAAGCCGGCGGUGCACUUCAGCGGCGAUGUCAUGAAGGCCAAGACCGAGACCCUGCAGAACUACAACUCGGGCAAGAAAUUCAAGCUGGAACUGAAGACCCAGAACGGCAUCGAAGUGAGCAGCGUGGGCAAACUGAAGGACGACAAGACCUUCGUGGUCAGCGGCUCCUACUCCUUCACCGGCGCCGAUGGCAAGCGGUACAAGACCCGUUACACCGCCGAUGAGUUCGGCUACCAUCCCAUCACCGAGCUGGAUCUGGACAUCCCCGAACCCCAGCCUUUGGCUUCCGCCGGACAGCGCCAGACCGUGGAUCCCAGCAGCCUGUUGGGCAACAAGAACCGCUUCCAGUUCCUGCAGCAGACCCUGGACUCCGACCAAGGAUCCCAAGGACCUCUGAGGGGCAGUGGACAGAGUGGCGAUGACUACAGCUACACGUCUCCCUAUGGAAAUGGCAAUGCUUACGGAAAUGGAGCUGGAAACGGAUACGGAAAUGGCAACGGCAAUGGCUACGACUAUCAGCCACCUCAGGUGCCACUGGCGACGCCAUCUCGUCUGUAUCUGCCCACGGCAUAAGGCGGUUAUUAUUUAGAUAUACCCCUAUCCAACAUCCUUCUCCCGCGAGAUUUAUGCCCCACCCGAUUCCUGAUUCCCGAUUCCUGAUUCCCGAUCCCCGUUUUUCCCCCCAGCUGCAAGUAUUUAGUUUUUAAGUGCAACUCCAACAGGCAAAUGAAGAGUAAAACAGAGCUAGCGAAAUUUUUUUUUAUCAUUUUUUAGUGUUAUACACGGAGCACAAUUUUAUAUGAUAUUAUACCUAUAUACACUGAUAUAUGUUAUAUAUCUAGCCCACACAAAAACACACACACACACACACAAAAAAAAAAAACAAACACACACACAAAUCCCGAGAAAAGACGCAAACGAAUCUAUGUAUAUACACUGAGUGAUAUUAGUAGUAAAUAAAAUGGCUAAACUAACGAUCAAA